AUGAAGAAAAACAUAUUUAAUAAUGUAUUUAUAAAUAUAAAAUUUCAAAAAAAUUUAAAAUAUAAUAAAUUUAUAUCUUCAAAAUGUAUACAAAAUAUUUAUGUUACAAAUAAAUGGAAUUCUACCUUAUGUGUAUACAAUCAAUAUUUAUGUUCUCCCACUCAAUUAAUAAGUACUAGGAAAAAAUUCUCAACCUUUAUGAGGAAUGUCAUAGAGCAGGUUAAAAAAGACAUGAAGGAAAAUAAACAAUACCAAGAAGCUCUAAAAGAACUUAAAGAAAAAACAGAGAUAGACGACAAAAGAAUAAAAUUAAAAAAACGAAUUGAAGAAAAUAUAGAUUUUUUUCAAAAAUUAAAAGAGAAAAAUGUGGAAGCUGUUAAAAUAUUAUACAACGAUGUGAAUAACUUUGUUACAUAUUGUUUUACCAAAUAUUAUGCUUUAAAAUUAAGUAAAAAUUUAUGUAUUCAAUUUUUUGUUACAUUGAAAAAUGUGUUCAUAAAAUCAACAAACAAAUUUACAGAAUUGUCAGAAAAGUGGGAUGAAAAUAGCGCCUUUGUUAAAUUAGAUAAGUGGCGUCAAGAUAUGGCUAUAAAAAGAUAUAAAAAAAAAAAAGAAAAAGAAAACGAAAAUCAGCAUAUUAAUAAUAAUAUAAAUGAAGAAAAUGAUAAUUGUAUAUUGCAUAACAAUGAUGAACCAAGUAAUAAUAUAAUUAAUAUAAAUAAAAAAAAAAAAAAAAAACAUAUGAACACAAAUAUAAUGGAAGAAAAUACUACAGUUGAAAAUAAUGAAACAGAAAAUGAUAAAUCACAAAAUUAUGAACUUAUUUUAGCCCAAGAAUCAGCAUGGGAUAAAUUUGGAAGCAAAUUAAAAGAUAUGCCAUUUUUAAAUAAUUUUUUUGAAAACCCUAUUUUAGGGAAAUUAUUUGGUGAAACCGAACUAGCUGCAGCUUUAAGAGAAAUGAAAAUGAUCGAUAAAAAUUUUAAACUCUCAGAACUUAUGUAUUUAUUUGAAUAUGUUAUAUCAAAACAUAUUGUGGAAUCCUAUCUAAUAGGAGAUGAAGAAACCUUAAGGUUACAUUGUGGGUCAUCAGCUUUUAAUUCUUUAAAUGCAAGCAUUACUGAAAGGAAAAAAAAAAAAGUCUUUCUUGAUACAAAUGUUCUUAUUUAUAAAAAUCAUGAACUUAAAGGAGCACAAAGAAUGGAAGAAAGCUCACCUUGGUUUAUAUUUACUUUUCACACACAACAAAUCAACUGCCUAAAAAAUAAAAAUGAUGAAAUUAUUGAAGGAAAAAUUGAUGACAUAAGAGAAGUUGUCUAUACCAUAGCUCUGUCAAAACAUCCAGAGCCAGAAAAAGAGGGAUUGUUAUAUCCAUAUAUUGUAAGAGAGUUUGCAAUUAUUGGAAACACUCCAUCAUGGUAA